AUGAAGCAUGUUUCCAGCCAUCAUGUUAAAAGCCAGAAAUCUUUGGAAUCUUUGGACCUCGAGCUAUACGGGGGAAUAUCCAAUGAAGAGAUACUAGCAAUUCAACCGGAGGCUCAAUCCCUUCCCAUGCCCAGAACGCAUAUCUAUAAAUUGUCCAGAGAACGCCGGUCAAGACUUCAAGCACUGGACCUACUUGAUCCGGUCGCAUUUUCUUAUGUUGUCACAUCGCGUCGGCAGCUUCACCGUUCGUUUGCCAAAUCCGCGACCGACAAUGACCGGGACGAUCAACCAACAGAUCUUUACGACGUCUAUGCGAUUAUGCGUCCAGAUAUGCUUCACCGCAUUCUGACACAGUCGGUAUAUCAUUGGUCCUUGUACUGUAAUGGCCACUAUUACCACCUUUCCAAGAAUGAAAAGCUCAAUGGCGCACAAACAAUUCUCAAGGACGAAGACCUGUCCUAUCAGGGGUCAACUGACUAUGAAACUCGCCGUUUGAACCCAGGCCGUCCCCUGAUGGCAUAUCACUUAGGAAAAACAGACUAUACUCCGGAGCAGAUCCGAAGGAUUGCCGAAUGGAUUAUGGAUCGACUGGAUGUCUAUCACUUGUUCAAGAGCAACUGUCAACAUUUUGUGCUUUGUCUUUCUGUUCGGAUCAUAUGCUACCGAAGAGACACCAGUGUGUUCAUGGGCCAUUGUCUACAGAUCGUAGAUCAAGACAGUUCGAAGAGCUCUCCUAGGCCCUCGCAAGUAAACAUGAAUCGUUUACCAACAAACGGGUUCGAAACAGGCUUCUAUUUAGCCGGAACCGCAGAAACACUGGGCAGUUGGGCUCACCAGAUUCGGGUAAAGACCGCGAUUGAACACAACUCCUACCAGUUGAACCUUGUCUGGAGCGAUGCAGUAGAUGGAAACUUUCCUCGUGAUAUUCUGGAGUACAGUCGUUGGCGACGCCGACUUUGGAUCUUCCGCCGUCACCUUUUCACGAAAUGA